AGAAAAAAAUUGCCUACCAGACUGCAAGCGAGAAAAACAAAGACCGAAAUCUAUCAAACACACUUCACUGAGGAUCCUUAUGAAUCCCUUUUUUUCGGGACAAGUACUUCAGUAAUUUGCCUUUUUCUGCAAAAGAGAGAGGGGCGCGUUUAAGGGGUGGAGAGAGCUCGAGAUCAUAUUACAGAGUUCCAGACUUUUCAUGGCAAGUUUUUUGAUAGUGGGGGAUGGUGGUUCUGUUACUUGUUCGGUUAGAUUGCUUUUUCCGCUAUCUAGCAAAAAUCUAAAGGAAUAGUUUCACUGACCUUGCAAGGAAUAUUAUACCUCUUCCACACGAAGUAUAAUCUGUUUGCGCUGUGAUAUAGAUAAUGAGGCGAAUUCAAAGGAUGAAUCAAGGAUUGUACGAGAAAUGCAAGAUGAAAAAGUUUGGUACUGCUUGAAACCGUGGAAAAAAGUUGUUAUUUUUUCGUUACAAAGGCUAUGGCAAGAAACUUGGCAGCGAAUGAACGGCAUUCUCUUUUAGUAAUUUUAUAGGGUACUGGAUUACAAAGUUUUUUUUAUUUUUUAUAUUGGGGAUACUGAGUUGCACCGUCGAUCCUCCCAAAAUGUCUCCCUUCAGCGCUUGCACCAUUGUUGGAGCGUUCGGGGUACUUAGCAUUUGGGCAGCCUGCUCAUUUGUUACUCAUGCGGCCAUGGUACAGAAAAACGCAACACUAAUGUUGGAUGAACACUGUAAAAAAACAACUACUUGCGAAGUGCUCAAAUACAAUACAUGUCUGGGGUCCCCAUUACCGUACACUCACACGUCGCUUAUCCUGGCGGAGGACUCAAACACUCAAGAAGAAGCAUUUGAGAAGUUGGCCAUGUGGUCGGGUCUGCGUAACGCCCCUCGCUGCUGGUCGGUGAUCCAGCCCCUGCUCUGUGCCGUCUACAUGCCCAAGUGUGACAACGGGCACGUGGAGCUGCCCAGCCAGCAGCUGUGCCAGGCCACCCGGCGCCCCUGCAGCAUCGUGGACCAGGAGAGGGGCUGGCCCGGCUUCCUCAAGUGCGAUACCAAGGACAAGUUUCCCAUGGGUUGCAAGAAUGAGGCAGUGACGAAAUUAAAGUUCAACUCAUCAGGCCAGUGUGAGGCCCCCCUGGUGAAGACGGAUAUCCAGGCCAGCUGGUAUAAGGACGUGGAGGGCUGUGGCAUCCAGUGUCACAACCCUCUCUUCACCGAGGAGGAGCACUCGGACAUGCACGCCUACAUCGCUUACUUCGGCUCCAUUACGCUCCUCUGCACCUUCUUCACACUGGCCACAUUUCUGGCAGACUGGAAGAACUCGAAUCGCUAUCCAGCCGUCAUCCUCUUCUACAUCAACGCUUGUUUCUUCGUGGGAAGUAUGGGCUGGCUAGCUCAGUUCAUGGAGGGUGCUCGUGAGGAGAUCGUCUGCAAGAGUGACAAGACCAUGCGCCUCGGGGAGCCCUCGUCUACGGAGACUCUGUCCUGCGUCACCAUCUUCAUCAUCGUCUACUAUUCCCUGAUGUCGGGCGUGAUCUGGUUUGUCAUGCUGACCUACGCCUGGCACGCUUCCUUCAAGGCCCUGGGCACCACCCACCAGCCUCUGUCUGGACGCACGUCCUACUUCCACAUGAUCACCUGGUCCAUUCCCUUCAUACUCACCGUGGCCAUUCUCGCCAUCGCUGAGGUGGAUGGAGACUCUGUGAGUGGGAUCUGUUUUGUGGGCUAUAAGAACUACCACUACCGGGCCGGGUUUGUGUUGGCACCCAUCGGAGUGGUGCUUGUUAUCGGCGGCUACUUCCUCAUACGAGGAGUCAUGACUUUGUUUUCCAUCAAGAGUAAUCACCCUGGGCUUCUGAGCGAAAAGGCUGCGAGCAAAAUCAACGAGACAAUGCUAAGGCUUGGUAUUUUUGGAUUCUUGGCGUUCGGCUUUGUGUUCAUCACUUUCGGCUGCCAUUUCUACGACUUCUUCAGCCAAGCCGAGUGGGAGAGAAGCUUCAGAGAAUACGUUUUGUGCGAAGCCAACGUCACAAUAGCUCAUCAGACCAACAAGCCGAUUCCAGAAUGCACCAUCAAGAACCGACCCAGUCUGCUGGUGGAGAAGAUCAAUCUGUUCUCCAUGUUUGGGACUGGUAUUGCCAUGAGUACCUGGGUUUGGACCAAGGCUACCAUCCUCAUCUGGAAACGCACCUGGUGCAAAAUCAUUGGCCGUAGUGACGACGAACCUAAGAGGAUAAAGAAGAGCAAGAUGAUCGCGAAAGCCUUCUCCAAACGCAAAGAGCUCCACAAGGACCCUGAGAAGGAGCUGUCCUUCAGCCUGCACACCGUCUCCCACGAGGGGCCUGUUGCUGGCAUUAACUUUGACCUCAACGAGCCGUCCAACGACAUGUCGUCUGCCUGGGCCCAGCAUGUCACUAAGAUGGUGGCCAGGAGAGGUGCCAUCUUGCCUCAGGACAUCUCUGUCACGCCCAGUUGCACACCUGUUCCGCCCCCUGACGAGAGGAAGAAGCUGUGGAUGGUGGAGGCGGAGAUCUCUCCGGAGAUGAUGAAGAGGAAGAGGAAGAAGAGGAAGAGGAAGAAGGAGGAGAGGCCCGCGGAGGAAGCGGCCAACCACCAGGGGUACCGGCGGAGGGAGUUCGGCCCCAGCUCAGUGCCUCGCCUGCCCAAGCUGCCAGGGCACAGGAGCCUGGUGACCAACUUGUGGGAACAGCAACAGGAAGUAGGGGCUGACAUCCUUCCAGGGUCUUACCCCGAGUCCAGGCCCUCGCACCCCCUCCCCUAUCAGGAGAGGUACACAAGCCUGGCCCCGUACCCCUCCAGCCGGCGUAGCAGGAACCAUGACCUCGCCCUGCUCUCUAACCCCCACGCCCUGAAUGACCUACCGGAGGAUCUUGGUUUAGGGCCUCGCUGCCCUGUACCCCACUCCCGGCAGCCCAGCGUUGGCUCUCGUUACCCAGGGGAGGUAGAGCCAGUGGGUGGGGGGUGGGGGAGGGCAGCUUACACCAUGAGACCACAGGGGAGGAAGGCAAGGAUUGAUCCGAUUCACUCGCAGACCAAUCUGAUGGAAGCGGAGCUUAUGGAUGCAGACUCUGACUUUUGAGUGAGGAGCAGGGUGGUCCGAAAGGUGUUGGGUGUGGUCAUGUUGUUUAUAGACUGUAAGCUAGAAGUGCUGGAUACUUCGGGAUUUACGGUGCUGUCUUCCUGAAAUGCUGGUUGGGUGUUGCGGUAACCCAACUGAGGACUGGACAAAAGCCAGGAAUAACUAUAUAAAGCGACUGAAGGCAGUAGAGAUAGUUUUACGAAAAAUGAGCAGAUUGCUGUAGAGGACUGAAACAUGGAAGAGCUAAAGAAGGCCACCUGUGAUAUUGGCAGGUUUGUCCACAAAUUUGUUUCAGAAACAUAUUGUAGAAGACUCCAUGAUCUUAACUCAAGAGGCAGCUCAAGUUAAAUAUCAACUGUUUGACAUUACUUUUACUUGCCUAAAUAUCUAUGUGACCGAAUUUGAACUCCCAAGUGUGACUGACUGUGUUUGCUAGCUAAGAUUGAGGCAUUUUUCUGGAGAUUCUCUCUUGACACAGAACCGGGAAGUAUCAUUGUAUGUUUGUGAUUGUUUUGUUUGUUUAAACAUGAUUGUGUUGUCCAGUAGUCAGUGCUUUUGUCAUAGAAAUAUAUACCAUGCUCAUUAUUUUUAUGUUGCCUGGUGCAAUCACACACAUUUCCUUCAUCCAAUGAUAGAGUAAAUAAAAAACAUUUGAAAUUAAAUACAAAAACGGAAUAGGGAUGCAAUCAUUUGAGUGUUACACCAUAUUUAACAUGGGUCAAGUAUAAAUCUUUUUGUGUGUACAAUUGUAUUAAAAAGGGUUAUUUUUUA